AUGUGGUCCCACGACUUUUGCACCGUCUGCGACAAGCAGUGCCCCGCCGGCUCCAUGUACUGUUCCGACGCCUGUAAGACGUCGGACACGGCGGCGGACGCUGGUCCGAACUACAGCGCCUCUUCGACCCUGUACACGUUGCGCCCCAAGAACGCCGGGGUGCCUCUCUCACCGGAGGAGCUGUUUCUCGACGACAAGGAGAGCAAGCCCGACGCCCACCACACAGGCAACGCUACCCACCACGCCGCCAACGCCACCCACAACGCCACCAAAUACUCACCUCGAGUGCUGUCGCAGUCAUUACCAGCGGCGGCCAUUUCGCAGCAGCACUUUGGAUCGCCGCCCACCUCUGACGAUGAGGACGACGAGAACUACCCCGAGUACAACUCGCAUCUCAUGUACCGGUCGCCUCUGUUGUGCGCCACCACCCGCAAGGAGACCACUGGCAAGAAGCUGAGUCCCCCGCCGUCGCCGCUCAUGAUGCCCUCCCUGGCCUACAACCACCAGCAGAUGGGCCAGAGUGUCGACGCUGCUGGCAAUUAUCGACGAUGGUUGAGAAGUUAG